GGGGACGGCGGGGCCCCGAGCCGUGUCCGGUCCGGCCGUUUCCCGCCCGCAGUAGCGGGGCUCCGCCGGGCUAGUACUGUGAUAGCGGUUGGUCUGACAAUAGCUGCUGCUGGAUUUGCAGGUCGUUAUGCAUUACAAGCUAUGAAGCAAAUGGAACCACAAGUAAAACAAGCCCUUCAGAAUCUGCCAAAAUCUGCCUUCAGUGGUUAUUACAGAGGUGGAUUUGAUCCCAAAAUGACCAAACGAGAAGCAGCUUUAAUAUUAGGAGUGAGUCCUACAGCCAAUAAAGGUAAAAUUAGGGAGGCUCACAGACGGAUCAUGCUUUUGAAUCAUCCAGAUAAAGGUGGUUCUCCCUAUGUGGCAGCCAAAAUCAAUGAAGCUAAAGAUUUACUGGAAGGCCAAGCUAAGAAGUGAAUCUGGAUAUUUAGUUGUAAAUUAAUGGUUUAGUUUAUGUAUAUGAAUAUCAGUUUUGAUAACUGACCCAAGGAAAAGUUGACACCAAUCUUUUUUACUUGAUCAAUGAUUAAACUAAUGCAGGGAACCCUUCCCCCCCCCCCCCCCCCCCCCCAUCUUGGUUGCAUCAUGUAUAUCUUGUUUUGGGGAGGGUGGGGGCUUACAAAUAGUACUUUUCCAAAAGUGAUUUUAAGCCACUAUCUCUAGAAGUGGUACA